AUGCGCCGUCCAGACCUCAGUCCUUCCCUUCUCUCUCCUGCAAACUACGACAACGAUGCGUCCUCGUUGCGGUCCCCCUCCGAGCAGGACUCCGAUUCCGACGAUGACGCCCUCCUCGAUCAGAACCGCAGUACCUUGGAAAUCGCAGAACACGAUCGCGCAGUCCUAGAAGAUGAAGAGGAACUGGAGAAUCUUCUAAUCCGCCGUGGCGCCGGACUUGGGCUGCGGAGGAUAUUCAGUCCGCGUGAGGGCAGUGUGAAGAUUGGGAAGACAAAAAAGGAGCGGCGACCGCGGAGGGAAGGAAUUGGUGAUGAUAAUGCCUCGCUCUUGAGUGAUUCAUCGCUGGAGGACGACAAAGACGAACAUACAUAUGAACCGCCUCCACGACCGUCAUGGCGAAAAUUCCUGUUUAUAUUUGUAUUAGUCGCCAUUCUCUUCGUUAUCCUCGUUCUCGGCGCAUACAGAGCUUCGAGCGGUUUCCGAGCUUCACGAGCGCGUCCUGUGACCCUGCUCUCCAAUGGCACAGCUCUCUUUGCGCCAACAACUAUCUUCAUCUCGCUCGAUGGCUUCCGAGCUGAUUUUCUCGACCGCGGUCUGACACCAGCACUGAACUCACUCGUCGCCAAUGGUGUUUCGCCGCAGUACAUGAAACCCAGCUUCCCAAGCGUCACCUUCCCCAACCACUUCACACUUAUGACGGGACUCUAUCCUGAAAGCCAUGGAAUUGUAGGCAAUACAUUCUGGGACCCAAUGAUGAUGGAGGACUUCUAUUAUACCCAUCCCAAUGUCAGCAUGCAGCCCAAGUGGUGGAUGGCGGAGCCGCUGUGGGUGACUGCAGAAAAGCAGCAUGUGAAAACCGCCAUUCAUAUGUGGCCAGGAUCUGAGGCGCAUAUUGGCGAUCGAGAGCCGGCCUUUGUGGACAAAUACAACGGAACAGAAAUUCUGUCUCGCAAAGUGGAUCGCAUUCUUGAGUUUUUAGAUCUCCCGGGUCCCGAAAAUGAGUCGCAGUUAGCAUCCGAGCGCCCGCAGCUGAUCGCUGCUUAUGUUCCCGACGUGGAUCGAGACGGUCAUAAUUUUGGUCCUAAUAGUACGGAAGUCCGGAAGACAAUAUCCCAAGCGGAUAAUAUGAUCGCCCAGGUCAUGACUGGACUCGAGCAACGCAAUCUCACCCAGAUUGUCAACAUCGUGGUUGUCUCAGACCAUGGGAUGGCCACUACCUCUACUAAAAGGUUGAUUCAAUUGGACGAUCUGAUCGAUUAUGAUUUAAUUGAACAUAUUGACGGGUGGCCAUCUGCUGGUCUGCGUGCUAAGAAUCCCGAAGAUCUGGCAACCCUGCGGAAACAGCUGGAGAAGGUAGCUCCGGAGUACGAACAUGCGUUCGAGUUCUAUACACGGGAGACAAUGCCCGAACGGUAUCACUUCUCGAACAAUGAACGCAUUGCGCCGUUGUGGGUCAUCCCCAAAACGGGGUGGGCUAUCGUUGACCGGUCAGAGUUCGACGUCAAGGAGGCUUUUAAGACUGGCAAGGAGUAUCAUCCCCGGGGAAUUCACGGAUAUGACCAUGAGCACCCGUUGAUGCGUGCGAUUUUUAUUGCCCGCGGCCCAGCCUUCCCGCACAAGCCUAACAGCCGGGUAGAGGCUUUCCAAAACACUGAGGUAUACAACAUUGUGUGCGACUCCUUGGGCGUCAAUCCUCUUCCAAGCAAUGGCACGCUACGACUCCCGUUGAAGCCAGUCGGCCUCCACUCGGAUAAAAACACGCCAGUUUUAGACACGCCUCCUGAUCCCCCGACUCAAACUUCCGCAACAGCAGGACCGCUCCAACAGGUACCUAAACCCACCACCUCAGCCACCAAGGCAGCACCACCGCCAGUACCAGAAUCCACCACUUCGGCUACAGAACCAGCACCCACCACGGAUGAUCAGAGCGACGACGAAAAGGGUCCGACAUGGUGGGGCACUCUCUACCACAAGUUCGAGGACUUCAAGCAUUGGGCUGGUGGAGUUGCCGAUGCCGUUCAAGGCAAGCAGCCAGAGUCUGAAAGUCAAUAG